AUGGCCUCAAACUUGCGUGCUUUAGAAGAGGAUGAAGACACGAAAUCGCUCUCGGAAAGUAUCACGGAUUAUCCAGUCACUUGGGGACGUCGAUAUCACAAGUACAAAGAAGGAUCCUAUCUGUUUCCGAACGAUACCAUGGAAUGCGACAGACUCGACCUGCAGUACCAGGCAUUGAAGAUGCUUCACGAUGAUCAAAUCUACUUCGCGCCCCUAAAGGACCCCAAAAGAAUCUUGGAUAUCGGAACCGGCACCGGCAUCUGGCCAAUUGAAAUGGCCGCGCUCUUUCCAAAUGCUCGGAUUACGGGGACGGACCUGUCACCCAUUCAGCCUUCCCUUGUGCCGCCAAGAGUGAGUUUUGAGGUACACGAUUGCACCGAGACCGAUUGGUGCAGACCGCUCGCUUCUCUCGACUACAUUCAUGUAGCGAUUAUGCUGGGGUCUCUGCCCUCGUACAGUAAGUUGAUAAAAAAUGCGCGUCGCUACCUGAAACCUGGUGAAGGGUGGCUAGAAUGCCAUGAGAUGAUGCCCGAUAUUUGCUGUGACGAUGACACUGUUCCGCCAAGUUGGCCAUUUCGAGCUUGGCAUUCGUAUCUGGAGGAAAGUAUCACGAAAAUGGAAAGCCCAAAGCCACUGCGCGUGGCAGACAAGCUGGCGACCUGGAUGCGCGAGGCGGGGUAUGUGGACAUCCACGAACGGAUUGACCGGAUUCCCCUCAAUUCAUGGCCCAAGCACCCAUCUCUCAAGAACAUUGGCCGACUUUGGGAAGCCAACUGGCUGGACGGUUUGGCCGCGUUUUCCUACAAGCUGUUUGGGCCUGAAGGACUGGGGUGGACUCAAAAUGAAAUCGAAGUUUUUCUGAUCGACGUCCGCAAAUGUAUCAAGGAUCGCAAUGUGCAUGCCUAUCAGAAGAUGUAUGUCGUGUAUGGGAGACGUCCGAGUGAGGAAGAAGAAAAAGCCAUGAUGAAGAAACCAAGUAAACCGGCAAUGGCCAAGGGAGGCGCAAGCAGCGCUAAAGCAAAACCGAAGGGAUACAAAUGA